CCUUCUUCCUGCCACGCCAAUAUGGCAGCCGGGACCUCGCGGAUGGAUGGUUGGUUGUUUGUUCGAACAUUAGGCCGACGUGUUCACCGCUAAAGUGGCCCAACGAGGAAAGCGUGACCCCCACCAGAAAAACACGACCCCCAGUGGGAAACGUUGAGGUGGUCUGUGCGUGAAUAUGAAUAAGCUAUACAUCGGCAACGUGAGCGCAGAGGCCAGCGAGGAGGACUUCGAAACUAUCUUUGACAAAUGGAAGAUCCCCCACUCUGGUCCUUUUCUAGUCAAGACCGGCUAUGCCUUCGUGGACUGUCCCGAUGAGAAGACCGCGAUGAAGGCAAUCGAUACUCUUUCAGGUAAAGUUGAACUCCAUGGAAAACUUCUGGAAGUCGAACAUUCUGUGCCAAAACGCCAGAGGAGCUGCAAGCUCCAGAUCAGGAACAUCCCGCCUGACAUGCAGUGGGAGGUCCUGGAUGGCAUGUUGGCCCAGUAUGGUGCCGUAGAGAGCUGUGAACAAGUCAACACUGAGACGGAGACUGCAGUGGUCAAUGUUCGCUACACAGCCAAGGACCAGGCCAGGCUAGCUAUGGAGAAGCUCAACGGCUCCAUGAUGGAAAACAGCGCGUUGAAAGUAUCUUACAUCCCAGACGAGACCGCCGCACCAGAGGGUCCUGCGCCAGGAGGUCGGAGAGGGUUCAAUGCCCGCGGGCCGCCACGGUCUGGCUCGCCGAGCCUGGGCGCCCGCCCCAAAGUGCAGUCAGACAUCCCUCUUCGCAUGCUGGUACCCACGCAGUUCGUCGGGGCCAUCAUCGGCAAGGAGGGCGCGACGAUACGCAACGUCACCAAACAGACCCACUCAAAGAUUGACAUCCAUCGGAAAGAGAACGCAGGUGCCGCCGAGAAGCCUAUAACCAUUCACUCCACGGCUGAAGGCUGUUCCAACGCCUGCAAAACCAUCAUGGAGAUCAUGCAGAAGGAAGCACUUGACACGAAGUUCACUGAGGAGAUCCCGCUGAAGGUUCUCGUACACAACACUUUUGUCGGAAGAUUAAUCGGGAAGGAAGGACGCAACCUGAAGAAAAUCGAGGUGGACACUGGGACCAAGAUCACAAUCUCACCUCUGCAGGACUUGACCCUUUACAACCCAGAGCGGACCAUCACGGUGAAAGGCACCAUUGAGGCGUGUGCGAGGGCAGAGGAGGAAGUGAUGAAGAAGAUCAGAGAGUCGUAUGAGAGCGACAUGGCUGCCAUGAACCUCCAGUCUAACCUGAUCCCAGGCUUGAACUUGAAUGCUCUGGGUCUGUUUCCCAGCGGCGCGCCUGGCAUGGGUCCAUCCAUGUCCCAUGUCCCCCCUCCUGGUCCCGGCGGCUCAGCGUUCGGCGGACACCCGGAGUCUGAGACGGUCCACCUGUUCAUCCCCGCGCUUGCCGUGGGAGCAAUCAUCGGAAAGCAGGGUCAACAUAUCAAGCAGCUGUCGCACUUUGCAGGAGCCUCCAUCAAGAUUGCCCCCGCGGAAGGAAUGGAUCCCAAACAGAGGAUGGUCAUCAUUGUCGGCCCCCCUGAGGCUCAGUUCAAGGCUCAGUGUCGCAUCUUUGGCAAGCUGAAGGAGGAGAAUUUCUUUGGACCCAAGGAGGAGGUGAAGCUGGAGGCCCACAUCAAGGUUCCCUCCUUUGCUGCCGGGAGGGUCAUCGGCAAGGGUGGCAAAACGGUGAACGAGUUACAGAACCUGACAUGCGCUGAAGUGGUUGUGCCCAGGGACCAGACUCCUGACGAGAACGAGCAGGUCAUCGUCAAGAUCAGUGGACACUUCUUUGCAUGCCAGCUGGCCCAGAGGAAGAUCCAGGAGAUCCUGGCUCAGGUGAGGAGACAGCAGCAGCCCAAGCCGGCACCCGGAGGAGCCCAGCCUCCGCUGCCCCGCAGGAAGUGACGCCCCACCGGUGCUCCUGGAGGAAGCGGUGACUGAAGCUGCCUGGCUGCCCCAAGACGGAGGGGGGAGACGCUCAUCUCGAAGGGGGGUCGGAGGUCGUUGGAAAUCGACGAGAACAUCCGGCCCCUCCUCGUCUCGCUCGAACUUUCACGUGUGGCUAAGAGACCGCCCCUCCCCCUCCCUCCCUCUCCCCCCUCGCUAAACCACGCCUCUCGAGCUCCACCCACCUCACCUGUCUGCAUCACUGUGGGAACGUUGGCAGGACCGCCAUCACGUCACCUGCCCUCACAGGUACGCACCCCUCCACCCCCCCCUCACGGGUGUGUAUCUAUCCUCCCUUUCCCUUCCAUCCUCUUUUUUAUUUGUCUUCUUUUUACUCUGCAACACUAAAGAAGAACUAAGGACCCUCCUCGCUUGACUCCACAUUUGGUUUUUCACUCUCGGAUUGGCCGACGAAGCUUUCUCAUGAGAGGCAACAAAAGAAAGAGGGAAAAAAAAGGCAUUGCUUUCACGCCAGAGGUUAACUUGGGUGGAGAGUUGGCUCGGCCAUGUUGUUUGAGGCCUGCAGGACCCCGGAGAGGGUGCGGCCAAUCCAAGUGGCAUUUUAUAUCAAUUCGGAUGCAUUUUAUAAAUAGACCUAUACAUAUGAGCUUAUAUAUAUAUCUAUAUAUAUCUAUAUAUAUAUAUAUAUUUAGAGGUGAGGGCAGCACUUUGGGAAAAGGUGCUGAACUGCUGCUGCCCGUCAAAAAGAAUUGAAUAUGCAUUUUACUUAACUACCUCAGGAUCUAGUACCUCAGAAGAAAAUGAUGAUAUAUAAAUAUAUAAGAAAAAAAAAUUUCCUUUCUUUUUGCUUUUCUUUUUUUUUUUUUUGUUGCUUUUGUGGUAUUUUGUAUACUUUAUAAAGCUGAUAGUCUUUGAACAUUUUUUAUUUUUUUAAGAAAAAUGGAAAAUUCUUCCUUGGUCGGCUGCCAACGGACCUUGCCUUGAACUCUGGUGCGGCGUUGUCGGUGCGAGCGCCUCCACAUGACCUGUACAUAGCGUGGAGGUGGCGCCUCAGCAUCCACAGCCAAUCGCCUCACUUUCCCCCCCCGGGGCCAAACAUCGUUUUUUUGUUGUUUUCGCAAGAAAAAGUGGAAAAGACGCCACCCGGCCGUAACACGGUUCCAGCGAUGCCAUUUGGGUUGGGGAUUGACCUUGUUGCUUUGUGAAACCUUUCAUUUGUGUCGGUCGCCUGACGCCGAUCACUGCAUGCCGAGGGUCGCUGAGGGGAGGGGGAGUCGCACUGAUGGAUGCCAUUUUUCUUUUUAAUUACGACAUUCUCUGUGACGCAAAGUGACUUUCGAGGGGGGAGGGGGGAGUCCCACCGCCCCGCCCCUUCCUCCCCGGGAAAAGUCACUUGUGUGUUCGUGCCGAAUGUAAAUAUGUUGAUGGUGGUAGAAGUCGUGUACCACAGUAGAACGCCGUCUACCUCAGCUAAAGGGGGCGGGGCUUGGGGGGGUACUGUUGUGCCACUAAGCAGGCCCCCCCUUCUCCUCGCUUCCCACUGAGCGCCAGUGCGCACCUAUACCUCAGCCCCUCCCCCCCAUCAGAACACUUUUUUUUUCCAACACGGGCGCCAUCCUAACAUCACCCCAACCCCCCUCCUCUGCAGUUUGUUUGGAUCUACCUCUUUAGACAAGUAUUUGAAGUAGAGGCAUUCUAUUUGUUAGAAUUAAACCCCUCCUCACCUUUUCCCAGAAAUGAAUGAAAUGAUAGAAAAGAAAAAAAUCAUGUACUCUUUAGAAUUGAAUCAAAAGUGAAAAAAAAAAAAAAUCAUUUUUCAAUAUUUAUGUACUCUUUUUGGCUUAAUUGAACUCAGACCAUCGCCAUUUAUUUCUGCUUUCUCUUUUUGGUGGUGUGGCUUCCAUGUAUUUGAACUUCUUGCUUGGGUUUGUUUGUGGGGGAAAAAAAGUCAAAUCCCCUGUUUUGAUUUAGCAUUCAAUAGUCAAGAAUACAGUUUUUUCCCCUUUUUUUUUUUUUUUUUAAAAAAGGGCCUGCCUUUUUUCUUUCUGAUUUGUAAGACUACAAAAUAGAUACAAGUCCUGUCUUGUUUUCCUCCUUUUUGUCUUUCACAAAUGCUACUCAAUUGCUGUAUUUUUAUGAUUUCUCUUGGUAGCUAUCUUCUGUUAGCUGUGUAACGCUGAACAUUCUCUGACGGGACACAUUUCAGGGAUUGGGUUGGUUUUCUUUUUUUGUUUUUUUUGGAAAAGUGAUCUAACUACUACGGCAUUAAAAUCCCUACUUGCCCGUCUGCAAACAUGCUUGUGCCCUUUCACCCCCUGUCUCGCACAGUUCCACUUGUCAAAUGCCUCUGAAUAAAGGACAGAAAAAUCAUUUUGAUGAA